AUGGCCGAGAAAAAGAUCGCUAAACGGUCGGGUCAACUGACCACAGACGAAACCGCAAAACAAAUUGCACAAGCUCUUUUCGAUCUAGAAAACAAUGUGCCAGAAUUGAAAAAGGACUUGAAACCCUUACAAAUUACUGAUGCUAAAGAGUACGAAUUAGGUGGAGGUAAAAAGGCCAUUGUGAUUUUUGUGCCGGUUCCUAC